GUGAAAACACAUAAUUUACAUUACUGAUCCUCGUCAGAUGGCGCUAAACGUCCCGUGAGGAUGUGGCGAAGUCCAAUAUAAUUUUCUUAUCCAGAAAUCUGCAUACAUGUACACGAUGCAGUGUAAGACUUGUUCUUGGUCUUGAGUGAGGAGGAAUUGUCUUGUGUAAUUCCAUUGUGGUGGGUGAAUGGCAUAAUGCAUUUUCGGCAGAGAAUUGCUUGGAUGAUACUUUUAUUUUAUCUUGCUGCAACUGCCUACAUACUGUACUUCAUAUUUGAAAUAAGUGAUUCCUAUAACAUAUUGGCCUUGGAUCACAUUGAGAAAUUCCACCAAAGUCAUGAUGCAACAUAUCUGUGGCCACUGUCCUCUAUGUGGCGCCAUCUAGCAGACAUUCCAUUCCCCCUGUGGUCCAUUGUAUUUGGAGCAUUUUACCUGCAAGUAUUUUGCACGAUAUUUGCAUACACCAAGGCUGACCCCAAACUUGUGUUUGUGUGGAUGCUGCCUGUUAGUGUCUACUGGAAUUACAAGAGGUGGAGAGAUGCACAGAAAGAUAAUGAAUCGGUGACUCUUAUCAAAGCAGGUCACAAUGGUCACAUCAUCCAAUUAGACACAUAAACUAUAGCUAUCUUCGACGAACGACAACUCCGUACAUGUGCCUCUGAUCAUUCGAGGGCCAAAUAGUAAGAUCACCAGAUACUAAACCGGUGCGCAGACAUCUUGACGAGCGGCAAGGAUACGCGCUA